AACAGCGCGAGCCGAGCCAGAACACUGAGAAGGCGGACAGAGGGAGGGCAGAGGCAGCGGCCCUCUUCUGGAGGGGGGGCUUAUUAUAACAAAUAUAUACGCACGUGUGACCUGCUUGGCCGUACUAUAGGUCAUAUGUGGAUAACAGUUAAUGAAAAAAAAGCAUACAACCCCAGCUUUACAUUUAAAAUGCCUAUUUUAGUUUUCCUGUUAGACACGUCCGCCUCUAUGAAUCAGCGCACUUAUUUGGGUACGACGUAUCUGGACAUUGCUAAAGGCGCGGUUGAGGUCUUUAUGAAGCUGCGUGCCCGAGACCCGGCUAGUAGAGGCGACAGGUACAUGCUAGUUACAUUCGAUGAUCCACCAUACGGAGUGAAGGCAGGGUGGAAGGAAAACCACGCCACCUUCAUGUGUGAGCUGAAGAACCUGCAGGCGUCUGGGCUGACGACAUUAGGCCACGCUCUCCGCACAGCCUUUGACCUGCUUAACCUUAACCGCCUUGUCUCAGGCAUCGACAAUUAUGGCCAGGGCCGUAACCCCUUCUUCCUCGAGCCUUCUGUAAUCAUCACGAUCACUGAUGGCAACAAACUCACACACAGCUCCGGUGUCCCAGAGGAGCUGCACCUUCCUCUGAACUCACCCCUGGCUGGCAGCGAGCUAACCAAAGAGCCCUUCCGUUGGGACCAGCGGUUGUUCGCGCUGGUACUUCGUCUCCCUGGAGCAGCGACUGCAGACAACGAGCAACUUGGCAGCGUCCCCACCGAUGAGUCCGCCAUCACCCAAAUGUGUGAAGUCACAGGAGGGCGAUCGUACUGCGUGCGAACACAAAGAAUGCUGAACCAGUGUCUAGAGUCUCUUGUCCAAAAAGUUCAAAGUGGUGUCGUCAUUAAUUUUGAGAAAAGUGGGCCAGAUCCGCCUCUUAUAGGGGAAGACAACUCAGUGGAGUCAAGCCGCUCUGUGUCGUCCUUCAGUCCACAGCUGUGGCACAGUUGCCACAAACUCAUCUAUGUGCGCCCCAACCCCAAAACAGGGGUGCCAGUUGGGCAUUGGCCCAUACCAGAGUCUUUCUGGCCGGACCAGAACUCUCCUACGCUGCCCCCUCGCACUGCCCAUCCUGUGGUGCGUUUCUCCUGUGUGGACUGUGAGCCAAUGGUGAUAGACAAGCUUCCAUUUGACAAAUACGAAUUGGAGCCCUCGCCUCUCACCCAAUACAUUUUGGAAAGGAAGUCUCCACACAUGUGCUGGCAGGUGUUUGUGAGCAGCAGCGGGAAGCAAAGUGACCUGGGCCAGCCUUUUGGUUACCUUAAAGCCAGCACCACUCUCACUUGUGUGAACCUCUUUGUCAUGCCUUAUAACUACCCAGUGCUCCUCCCACUCCUUGAUGACUUGUUCAAAGUGCACAAAUUAAAACCAAACCUCAAGUGGCGACAAGCCUUGGAGAUGUACCUAAAGACGAUGCCCCCGUACUACCUCUUGCCUUUGAAAAAAGCCCUGAGGAUGAUGGGGGCACCAAAUUUAAUAGGAGACAGCAUGGACUGUGGUCUGAGUUUCAGUGUCAUCUCUUAUCUGAAAAAGCUCAGCCAGCAGGCAAAGAUCGAAUCUGAGCGCUUCAUCGUAUCUGUGGGGAAGAAGGCACCCCAGGAAACUGGCAUAAGGGUGAAGAACCACUCCAGCUCAUUGUCUCUGGCCCACCGGCGAGAUUUUAAGCAGCUACUACAUGGAAUCACUGGGGAGGGUCCACUUCGUAUGGUGGACAUCAACUUAAAGGAGUUUUCUGGAUUCCAAAUCGCCCUGCUCAACAAGGAUGUAAAGCCUCAAGCUUAUCGAAACGCCUACGACAUUCCCAGACGGAAUCUUCUGGAUCAGCUCACUCGAAUGCGGUCGAAUUUACUGCGGACCUCCCAAAAACUAAUCAGAGGGCAGGAUGAAGAUUACCUGCACAGUAUCCCAGUGGCUCAGAUGGGAAACUACCAGGAGUACCUGAAGAUGAUGCCGUCUCCUCUGAGAGAAAUUGACCCCGAUCAACCGAAACGAUUGCACACCUUCGGGAAUCCUUUCAAGCAGGAUAAGAAGGGAAUGAUGAUCGACGAGGCCGAUGAGUUUGUCUUGGGCCCUCAAAACAAGAAAAGGGCAAAUUCCAGUGACGCAAAUGCAGGUGCCACUCUGAAGAGAAGGCGGAGCAUGUCACCGUUGCUACGACGGCCCCAGACUGCACCAGUCAACACCAACCACAUUCUGAUUGGAAAGAGUCCAGUUGGAGGUCAAGGGCAACCGAAUCUCCUGAAAGUCAUACCACAGCACAAAGGGCUGGAUGGCAAUGUGGUGGUCACGGAGAGUAAUGGUGAUGUCAUUCCCGGGCCUGAGUCCGGGGACAUUUGGCCCAGUGAGGAGGACCCUGUGACAGGAACCCAACCUUCGCUCAGCUUGGAGGGAAAAGCCACGCUAGAAAGAGUGGAUCAGAGGGAGGAGGUUAACAUGACCAAGGAGAAACCAGUGAUCCAGGACGGUCAAGAGGAGCAGUCACUUGAGGAGAGAUACAACUGUGAGCGGCUGAGUCCACAGAGCCAGUUAGAGAGCGUAGUUACUGAGCCAGCAGUUCUGGAGACCAUAUUCAUACCGCCACUAGAUGGCAGCCAAGCAGAACUGCGAACGCGGGUCAUCAAGGAGGUCCGCAAACCUGGCCGAAACUUUGAGGCAAUACUAGAACUAUUGCAGCAGGUCAAAGGGCCGGUCAAUGUCCAGCGUUACUUUAUCCAACAUGCCAUUAAAGAGGCCUCCAGGUUCAAGAAGCGGAUGCUGAUCCAGCAGUUAGAGCUGACCCUCGUCAAGCUGGACGAAAAGCAUGGGACACCGUCACAGCCCCCCAGUGAUCCUGGCAGUUAAGGAACGUCAGCUGCGCUGUGUGUCGCCAUGGACAACACAAGAGUGAGAGGCCAAAAAAGGACAAGCAUAGGACAAAAGCACUUCGAUGAGAACGGUCCACAUGAUGUUACGUCACGUCCUGUUGGCUUAUCUGCACGACAGAUUCAUUGGGGAUAAGUUGAGCGACUUUAUGAAUAUAAUCCUCUUCAUACUGACAGAUGACAUCCACAAUCAUCCAGUCGACAAACACUCCGCCAUACACACAAUAAGCCAUAAAACGUCCUCAAAUGGCGGCGCAGAGCUUUCUUCAGCUGGUCUGAAGCGUGCUUCUGAAGCUCAAAGCGCUGUUUUGAAAACAGUAGCGCAUGAGCUCCUAUUGCCACUGCCACGACUGCUCUUUCCCCAUCUCUGUUCCUGAUAUGUGUGCAUCUGCAAUUCUUUGAUGUGAAAGCAAUAUAGUGUGUGUGUGUGUGUGUGUGUGUGUGUGUAGAGAGAGAGAGAGAAUGGGGCCCAUUGGUCAAGUGGUU